AUGAAGAACAUGUUAGCAUUAAGCAUAACUAUAGUAAUAGUUUAUACAUUUAGUUCUCAAUUUGGCAUAGCCUUUUCAAGAGCUUCAAGAGCUUUUGAAAUAGAAAAUCUAAGUGAUUCAUUUACCCUUAAUAGCAUACUUUCCGAUGACUCGGCUGAAUCACCAGCAUCGUAUCACAGUCCUCCUUAUGUCUCGGCCGAAUCACCUGCUCCGCAUCAAAGUCCUCCUAAUGACUCGGUUGAAUCACCUGCUCCGCAUCACAGUCCUCCUGAUGACUCAGCUGAGUCACCAGCACCAUAUCACAAUCCUCCUGAUGACUCGGCCGAAUCACCAGCCCCUUAUCACAGUCCUCCUGAUGACUCGGCUGAAUCACCUACACCGCAUCACGGUAAUCCCGAUGACUCGGCAGAAUCGCCAGCACCAGCCAUCAGCCCUUCUGAUGAAUCUACUCAGCAAUAUGCAACAAACUUAAGAUAUUUUGAUGUAACACUUUAG